AUGAAGCAGGAGAAUGAGAUCAUCACCAAGUACCCUGAGUACCCAAGCGCAUAUCUCAACCGCGCCAUGCUCAGGCGAAUGAAGCUCGAAUCAACGUUAUCAAAAGACGAGUCCAUUUUCUCAUCAUCUGAACCAGAGAUAGAUGCCCUCUUCAUGGACAUCUCGCGUGCGAUUUCGAAGACUGUGUCAUCCCCGUCUGCAACAUCUUCGGUGUCGCCGUACCAGGCGCGCAUUCUGAGGACUGCAUAUUCCCACCGCGCGUAUCUGUAUCUGAAAGCUGCAGAACUAGGGGUGGAAUGGAGAGGCAAGAGUAAGAGCGAGCUGGAGGAGUCAGCUAGUGCGGACUUUGCGUUGGCGGCGAAAUUUGGAGAUGAGGUUGCGAGGGAGAUGAGCGUGAGGACGAAUCCGUAUGCGAAGAUGUGUGGGGCUAUUGUUAAGAAUGCGUUGGCCGAGGAGAGGAGGGAUAUGCUGGGGUAG